AUUUACUGUCAUAUGGAAUUAAUGGAACGCUACAACCACAUCUAUCAGCACGUAGAGUCUGUAGUCUAUUAAUUGAUUUUGUACGAUUGAUCACAUCAGCCAAACGAAAAAUGCUAGAGCAACGUGAGCUUUUUUAUAAAGUAGCUACAGUGGUCGCCCCACCCGAUAACUGCGUUCUUAAGAAAGAAAUUGAGAUGAAUCGAAUUCAGCAGAGAGCAGCCCGUAAACGUGUUGUUAAUAGUCAAACAUUUUCACUAUUACCAGGAAAAUUGGAUCACGCAACGGUCGUAGCAGUAAGAGUACCGUCAGUGUCAGAGAGUAUGGCGCGGAAUGAUGAAUCAAAUUUUGUCGAAACAAACUUUUAAAAAUCUCAUUUUAAACACGGACCAGUUCAACGGAUGCCAACUUUUGACAGUUCCCAUUGUUAGAAAUAGCAAUCGAAAUGUAAAUGAUCUUAAGAUGUAACAUGAAGUUUGACAUUUGACAGAUGACUUGACUUUGACUUUUGAUUUAUCAAUAAACGCUCUUCUUGUUAUUACACUCAAACCGACUGGACGUGUUUCAAUAUUCAAAGCCAUAAUUUUUGUCAGGUUAU